AUGAGCCCCCCAGCCCCAAUUGCCAUCAUUGGUGUCGGUUGUAGGCUUCCUGGUGGAGCCAACAACUUGGACAAUCUAUGGAAACUCUUAUCAGAGAGCCGAAAUGGACAAACAGAGAUCCCCAAGGACCGCUGGAACGCUGAUGCGUGGUUCGACGCGUACCCAGAUGCAAAGCAGUCCAUGGUAACCAAGCAUGGGUAUUUCCUCCAGGAUGACAUCUCUCAGUUUGAUGCCAAAUUCUUCGGAAUUUCUAGCGCAGAGGCAAACUCUAUGGAUCCCCAGCAACGCUUCUUUCUCAUGACCACAUAUGAGGCUCUCGAAGAUGCUGGUAUACCUGUGGAAACACUACGUGGCUCCAACACUGGUGUGUAUGCGAGUAUAUUCGAGAGGAGUUAUGAUCGGAUGGGACAUAAGGAUCUGUCCACAAUUGGAAGGACACAUCUGAACGGAACGGGAGAGUCCAGCUUGCAUCAGGCUUGUCAGAGCCUUCGGUUAGGGGAGUCAGAGCUCGCCUUGGUGGGUGGCUCUCAACUUGUUAUUCAGCCGGAUGUAUUAAGCAUAAUGAGUGGUAUGGGGAUGCUCAACCCAGACGGAAAGUCGUAUGCUUUUGACUCGAGAGGCGCUGGAUACGGACGAGGUGAAGGCGUCGCCACUGUAGUCCUCAAGCGAUUGGAUAACGCACUCAAAGACGGUGACCGAAUACACGCUAUUAUUGCCAACUCAGGCAUGAACCAAGACGGCAAAACUCCAGGCCUCAACACGCCAAGUGGCGAGGCACAGGCUGCACUAUCCCGAAGAGUAUACCAAGAGGCUGGUCUGAAUCCAGCCGAUACUUCAUUCGUUGAGGCGCAUGGAACUGGAACACAAGCUGGUGACCGCGAGGAAAUAGGAUCAAUAUCCAAAGUCUUUUGCGAAGAUUCUGGACGAACAGAUGACCUAUACGUCGGAUCAGUCAAAACAAACAUUGGUCACCUUGAGGCUACUUCUGGCAUCGCCGGCCUGUUGAAGUCUAUACUUAUCCUGAAGCAUGGCCAAAUUCCUGCUACACUCAACUUUAUCAAACCGAAGCCAUCACUCAAGUUAUAUGAGAAGAAAAUCAAGAUCCCGAGUGAACUUACAAAGUUGCCCACGCCACAGAACGGCCCUCCUCGUGUUUCACUCAAUUCAUUUGG